CGAUGGACUCAAAGAUAGCGAACAACGGGAGGGAGAGAGGCGGAAGAUAGCGAACAGCCGAAGGAGAUAUAUCGCCCAUGGCCGCUCUCAUCGGUAGUCUAAAUCUCGUUCCUCCUCCUUCGCUUUCUCCCUUGCCCUCUCUCGUCCCUCACAACUCUUCCAAAUGGCGGCGAUUCCUCUCGGCCUCGGCUCCUCGCACUAGCCUCUCGCCACCGCAAUGCUCGUCCGUUGCCGAGCUGGGAGAAGGCUUAGGUCGGGUGAGCGCCGCUGCCCUCCUCGCCGCCUCCCUCUUCUUCGCCGACCCUGCUCUCGCUUUUAAGGGUGGAGGGCCGUACGGGGCGGAAGUAACGAGAGGGCAAGACCUCACCGGCAAAGACUUCAGUGGCAAGACCCUCAUCAAACAAGACUUCAAGACGUCGAUCCUGAGGCAGGCCAAUUUCAAGGGCGCAAAGUUACUCGGUGCGAGCUUUUUUGAUGCAGAUCUGACAGGAGCUGAUCUCUCUGAUGCUGAUCUCAGGGGUGCAGACUUUUCCUUGGCCAAUGUGACUAAGGCAAAUCUAAGUAAUGCAAAUCUUGAAGGUGCUCUUGCUACUGGCAACACAUCUUUCAGAGGAUCAAAUAUCAAUGGAGCAGACUUCACGGAUGUUCCCCUGCGAGAAGACCAACGGGAGUACCUUUGCAAAGUUGCCGAUGGGGUGAACCCUGUAACCGGAAACUCCACUAGGGAUACACUGCUCUGCAACUGAUAUCAAGUGACAUCUCCAGUAAAGCUCCGAGGCAGUCGGCAUCAUUGGGUGCUGUAAUUUGCCUUGUAAUAUGCUUUUCUGUUUAGAUUAUUUAUCUGUAAAUUUUGUUCACUUGCAUCAUUUGUUCUUGUCAAAGAAUUCUUGCAUAUUAUGUAUGGUAAAAGUAUGUAUGUCCUCCUCACAAACGAACUGCUACAGUGUUCUUCCCUACUUUCACUUCUGCCGUUCGUUGAAGUAUAUUCUCA